AUGAUGGAGUUUAUGGAUAAUAAAUCACAGACCAAGGUGGUUGAAGUGAUGAUCGACUCUGUGACUACUGUGUUUGGUCCGACUGCCGACUACAUGCCAGAAGCCGUUCUUUCCGCCCUCACUGCUAUGGAACAGGUGGUUGAAUCAGCCAGUGAGGCUCAAAUGGUCGAGCCAGACAUCGAUAUUAAUGGUGCCCUUUCUCUUGGUUACGUAUCAGAGGCCUCAGCUUCAGGCCUUGAGAUGACGCCAAACCUAGGCCUGGCACGGUCACCUGCGUUAAUCGCCGGGCAGGCCAGUAGAUCUGCAGGUACCUGA